GUGAAGCCGAUGGGUUCGUGUGUCGCUUCCUCAAUGCAUCGUCGCGCACGCGGACUUUUGUAUCGUGCAGCGACAUUUCCUGAGCGCGAGUCUCUGAUGGUCAGCGCAGUUCGGCUCGCGCACGGCGGCUUAUGAAGAACCGCAGAAUGAUUUUGAUCGCGUUAUUUCUCACGGCUGUGUUGCGCGUCUCGGCUGGGAAGGCGUCCCCACCAUACAGACCAAAUGGAGAAUGUAACAAUAGCACAUCUGAGUAUUACGUCAAAGAAACCCAAUUGUGCUGCAGUAAAUGUAAACCAGGGACUCGUCUGGGGACAAAGUGCACGAAUGAUCAGGACACAGUCUGUUUGCCUUGUCCUGAUGGACAGUUCUUGGAAAAAAUGAACUAUAAUACAAACUGUUUUUCAUGUCGAAAAUGUGAUGAAAACAAAGGACUGAUAAUUAACAGAAUUUGCUCUGCUGAUACCAAUGCUGAUUGCAUUUGCAAACCUGGAAUGUACUGUGCUGAACCUGGUUCUGCAUCUGGAUGUUCGCAUUGUAAAAAGCAUAAAAUCUGCAAACCUGGGGAUGGUGUUGUUCAACAUGGAACACAUUUAACUAAUGUCAAAUGUGGACCCUGUCCUAAAGGGACAUUUUCGAGCGACAGCGAUGCUAAGCUGUGCAAACCACACAGACGAUGUGAAGGAAGUUCAGUUUUGAUUCCUGGUAGCUCUACAGCUGACACACAGUGUGGGACACCAUUAACGACAAGCACUCAGACCACCAAAAAAAUCCCAAGAAACCUUCCUACAGUAAAGCCGCGUGGACCCCCGAUCAGGACACAGGCAGUGCCACAUAUUACCACCUCAAGAUCUCUGCCUCCAUCAUCCACCGUGACACUCAUAAAUCGAACCUUGCCUGUACCAAAGCCCACCUCUGACGAUUAUUCCAUGACUUUCAUCUACUGCACUGGCAUUGUUGUUGUGCUGGUGGUCCUGAUAUUGACUGUAAUAGUUACUGGGAUAAUUUACAAAAACAGGAAAGGCAAUAAAGGUUCAGUGAACGUUGAAGCAGACAGCAAUAAGUCGGAGCAGAGCCCGUCAGCAAACGACACACCCGAGCACCAACGUCUGAUACCUGUUGACAAGUGCCAAAAAGAGCCCUCCAUGACCUCAUCAGACAGUCAGAGUCAGCCAGACUCAAGUCAGAGUCACAUCAGCGGUGAUUGGUUAGAACGCACCAGCCAGGAGGAGUCUCUGCCAGAGCAGCCUUCAAUCUCCAGCCCUUUGGUCAACGUCAGCAUCACAACCACCUUUAACUGUCACCUUAACCCGACAACAGCAACCUGCUCCAUCCCGGUCAGCCCAUCUGCACUCACACCUCAUUCUGUAACUUCAGUACCACUGUCUCAGGAGGAGGUCUGUAUCUCCUGCCAGCAAGAAGACGGCAAAGAAGCACUGCAGUCGGUUCAGGAGAGCAGCCCGUGUGCGUUCUGAUUGGUGUCACUAAUUUUCUCUGGGAAAAGCGCAUUUAUUGUGUCAUUGCUGUGUAAACUGACAUUAAAGGGAUAGAUCGAAAAAUGAACAUCUGGGGCACCAUCGAUUUCAAUAGUAAGAAAAAAUAAUACUAUGGAAGUGAAUGGUGCCCCAAAUCUUUCAAAGGAAAAAGAAAGUAUUUUUUGGCUAAAAACUUGCAUUGUUGUGAAGUUUAAGGAUUACUCCGUUCAGUAAUGCUCUUUGACAUUUAACCAAUGUAUGUUUGUAUUUUAUAUAUGUUUGUUUGUUGACAGCACAGCACCUGGUGAGAUUAACCCCUUCAGACCCUGUCUCCACUGGAAUGGACAUCACAUGUUUUGUGGUUUAAACCAAUAAAAAUGCUGAUCAACCAAUCAAAACAAGGCAAGCUGAUUAAACCCCUGAAAAAUCAGGUCUGAAGGGGUUAAGAAUGAAGUAAGAGUCACUGCACUGUAUUAGAUAUGAAGCUAGCGCCACACAGUGGUUUUAUGUAAAUAUUCAAGCUAAUAUGUUAAGGGAUAUUAUGUCAUAUGAAGGAGAAAUAAUCAGAAUUGCAGGGAUUUAUUUUAGCGUUACAUAAAUGUUACAUAAUUCUGAUAUCCAAGGGCUAUACAUAUAAGAGAUCAUUUUAUAUUACAUUGUAUUUUUGAAUUUGUAUAUAAUUGAUUUGUAUAGUAAUCGUUUUUAUUGUAAAAUUUUGUAUAUACAUUUAUAAAAAAAACAAGUGAAUUCACAGUUGUUUGUCUGUUAUUUUGUAUUAUAUUGUAUUUUUUAUUUAGGGGUGUAUAACUAU